UUACCGAGGAGCACAAGAAAACCGAAAUACAAUCUAUCGAAAGUCGCGCAGAUAUCGCUUGUGCUUGGCUUCCUUUCUAUCGUUAUCGCCGGCGGUCCUUGGACAAGCAAUAAUAAACAAAACAUCAGUUAAAAGUGGCAAUGCAGUGGGCAGUACUUUGUCUGCUGGCCGGGGCCGUGGUGUUCACUUUGGGAAAUCCGGUUUCCUCGGACACGGCUUUUCUCACACCCGGAACAUCCUUGAAUAUUACUGAAAACGCCUACGGAUCGAAGACACUGCGAACAUAUUGCUAUCCGGGCAAGCGGCACUCCGUAAUUAAUCUUUUCGAGACGGUGGAGUUUGUCCUGACGAUCGCCAGCGAUGAUUAUGCCCAAUACGGCGGCAAGACGCCCGAGGAAGUCUUGGAGCACUACAACGAACAGCGAUCGCUGUUCAGCAUCACCCUGUUCUCCCAGAAGCGUCAGCGGCUCCAGCUAUCGCCCUUCGAACAGCAAUGCAUCGGAAUCUCAUCGAGGCAACCGUACAGUGUCCUCCUGAACACCAUCCAAUUGGAUCUGUGGCGACUUAUCCAGUUCUCGCUGGGCAUUUUGGCUUUCUGGAGCGCCCGACGGCUGGCUAAGAACAGUGUGUUCUAUUAUCUGGCCGGUGUCCUCCUGGGCAUCUGCGCCUCCCUACUGGUGAUAAUCUACUUGGCCGCCAAGCUAUUCCCACGCCGUCCCAUGAUGUACGGCGUCCUGAUCGGCGGCUGGACCAUUGGCUUCUAUGUCCUCAAACAGUUGGCGGAUAACAUGCGACUGAUUCUGCUCACCUACCGCGACCAUGUGGUGUGGUACCUGGUGGUCACCGGGCUGAUUUCCUUUCUGAUUUGCUAUCGCAUUGGCCCGCCAAAAAAUCCGCGCUCUCAGAACAUCAUAAUGUGGGUGCUGCAGGCGAUGGGUGGCGUCCUGGUUUAUUUCAGCAGCUGGCACACGAGCGCCUUGAUCUUCCUAAUGGUCAUAGCCUUUGUGGCCCACUAUUUACCCCGAUCGUGGGUGGGCUAUGCCAUGGUCGUUUACCGCCGGCGAUUUCCGCCCAAGAGACGACUGCUCACCCAGGAGGAGUACCACCAUCAGACGGUCAAGGAGACCUCCAAGUCGCUGGCGGAUCUCAGGAAAUUUGUCAACAGUCCGGAGUGCAAGCAGUGGAAGGUGAUUAGCAACCUGCGCGAUCCCACGCGCUUCGCCAUGUUCGCCAAUGGUGCACCGCAUCUGGACGACGAGGAGAUCGAGGACUAUUCACGUGCUAUAGAGGAAUCCAUGGAGGCGGCUCCGCAGGAGGAUCCCGAGGAGUUUCUGCAGUGCAGCAUGUACUACCGUCCGUCGGCUAGCCGACGUUUGCUCAAUCGCUCGCGCCACCGCGUCAAUAUACCACUGCCGAAUUCGCAGUUUCGCCAUCGCCUGCACGCCCGCGAGUUGGAAAACGAGGAGAGCGAUGACGAAUACGCGGACCACGAUGCAGACCACCAGCCGUUGCAGUAGCCCAGCAGCUAAACCAAAAACGUUUUAGACUAAGUACUCAUUAUCCCACUGUGCUUCUGGCAUACCAGUACUUACAUUUCCCACCUUGUUCUCAUUGUGUACUUAUAAAAUUCAGUUGCUUUAUGUACUGUUCGUUUAUAAUUCCCCCCGUCUGUUUACUUUUUUUUUUUUGACUGGACUGAAAGGCACACUGUAAUUUAUGUAACUCAUGUCCGUACGACUGCUUAGGAAUAAAUCGAAAAAUCGAAAUUAUUAAUUUUACACGAAGUUCAAGCAUA